CGGCCCGGCCCGGCCCGCACCAUGGCCAAGCACCACCGCACGCCCGCGCGCUCCGCCGAGCCCGUCAUCGAGGUCAAGAGCAAGUUCGAUGCUGAAUUCCGCCGCUUCGCCAUGAAACGCUCCGGCGCGGGCAGCUUCCAGGACUUUUACCGGCUGCUGCAGACGGUGCACCAGAUCCCACGGGUGGACGUGCUCCUGGGCUACACAGACAUCCACGGAGACCUCCUGCCCAUUAACAACGACGACAACUAUCACAAAGCCCUGUCCUCUGCUAACCCCCUCCUCAGGGUCAUCAUCCAGAAGAAGGCAGAGUCUGAUGCCAGUGUCUUCGCCUCCAACUCCCUGCAGCGGAAGAAGAAGGGGCUGCUGCGCCCCGCACACUACCGGGCCAAGCCUCACCUCCUCAUCGGGAUGCCCCAGGACUUCCGCCAGAUCUCCUCCAUCAUCGACGUGGACAUCCUGCCCGAGACCCACCGCCGCGUGCGGCUCCACAAGCACGGCUCCGACAAGCCGCUGGGCUUCUACAUCCGCGACGGCGUCAGCGUGCGCGUGGCCCCGCAGGGCGUCGAGAAGGUGCCCGGCAUCUUCAUCUCCCGCCUGGUGAAGGGCGGCCUGGCCGAGAGCACGGGGCUGCUGGCGGUGAGCGACGAGAUCCUGGAGGUGAACGGCAUCGACGUCGCCGGCAAGUCCCUGGACCAAGUGACGGACAUGAUGGUGGCCAACAGCCACAACCUCAUCAUCACUGUCAAGCCGGCCAACCAGCGCAACAACGUCAUCCGCAGCAGCAAGGCCUCGGGCAGCUCCGGCAUGUCCACGGACAGCACCCCCAGCCAGCAGACCCCCAGCCCGGCCUCGCAGUACCUGAGCAACUACAGCACGGCCGAGAGCGACGAGGAGGGCGACCUGGUCAUCGAGAGCGACAGCGCCUCCCACUACAUCCCCGGGGGCUGCCCCAACGGGGGCCCUGCGGACGGACCCCUCCAGCCCAGCCUGUCCCCGCACAGCUCGCGGGGCUCCCUGCAGUCCCUAGGCAGCCACGACGGCAGCCCCGGCCGGGGCAGUGGGCGGGAGGACGGCACCCUCCUCACCCUAUAGCCGUGGGGUCCCGUGCCACUUGGCAGCCGGCUGGGUUCCCGCUCAUCCCGGCUGGAUGUGGACACCAGGGUGAUGACAUGGCUGGUGUGGAGCGGGGCUGCCCACUGCCCUCUCCCACCACCUGCGUCCCUGCGAGCCCUGCUGCGGUGCCUGCUCGCACCGGGCACUGCCCCUCCGAGCCCCCUUGCCCCCCCUUCCAAGCAAGUGGGGAUUUUUAAUUGUUUUCUCGAAAUAUGCAUCAUCAAUUAAUAUAUUGCAAUGGACAGUAAAACCUUUUCUAGAAAGCA